UGUUUUGAGGCGGGGCUUGAGCUGACGCUUUAUAUAUUCAUGCCUUUGCUCACCAGAGGCACAUUAUCUUACAAAACUUAUUGAAGAUAACAUUCAGCGAAAGCCAUAUUCAGCGAAGCAUUUAAACAACCAGACAGGUGAUGGAGCUGAUGAUAAGACUGCUGGGCGGAGAGGUGAAGCGUCUGGAAGUGAGCGGUGAAGCCACAGUUGGCGAACUGAAGAAACUCAUCUCUCAGAUCUUCGGAGAGCCUUCUUACAAACAGAAGCUGUCUGCCGAUAACGGUUCGCGUAUCAGCCUUGAGGAUGAGUCUCGAACCCUCAGCAGUUACGGUCUGCACUCUGGAUCAGUGGUCAGUCUGCUCAUCACCAACCCCGGACCUUUCCAAGUGUUCGUCAGGAAUGAGAAGGGCCAGACCGGGACGUAUGAAGUGGAUAUCAAUGAGACCGUAGAUCAGCUCCAGGCUAAGAUCUACCGCAAAGAGAGAGUCCCCGUGGACCAGCAGAGACUGAUUUUCAACGGAAGACAGCUGGAGUCCGGCAGAAAGUUGCAGGAAUACGACAUCAGCUCAGGAAGCAGCAUUCACAUGACUCUCCGUCUGCGAGGAGGAUGAUCGGGUGAAUGUGUGCAAAAAGGACUAAAAAGUGUUCUCUUUAGAUUUGUUAAUGAUGUAGCUACGAUAGGCCUGUUAU